AUGGCGACCUCCGGACACGUCGUCGUCGACGUUGGCCCCGACGAGCAGGCGCCGGCGCCGGUGCCGUACGUGCUGUCCUUCACGGAUCUGUGCUACAGCGUCAAGAAGGGCCACGGUGGGCUGAUGGGCUGCCUGCCGUCAACGGGCAAAAAGACGCUGCUCGACGGCAUCUCGGGCGAGGCGCGAGAGGGCGAGAUACUGGCGGUGAUGGGCGCCAGCGGGUCCGGCAAGUCUACGCUGGUCGACGCUCUCGCAGGCCGGAUCACCCAGGCGAGCCUCGGCGGCCACGUCACGCUCAACGGCGAGCCCCUCCACGGCCGCCGCCUCAGCGCCAUCUCCGCCUACGUUACGCAGGACGACCUGCUGUACCCGAUGCUCACCGUGCGGGAGACGCUGCUCUUCGCCGCCGAGAUGCGCCUCUCCCGAGCGCACUCCUCGGCUAAGAAGAAGGAGCGCGUCGAAGCGCUCAUCGACCAGCUCGGCCUCUCCCGCGCCGCCGACACCGUCAUCGGCGACCAUGACCACCGCGGCGUGUCUGGCGGCGAGCGCCGCCGUGUAUCCAUCGGCACGGACAUAAUCCACGACCCCAUCCUGCUCUUCCUCGACGAACCCACCUCUGGUCUCGACUCCUCCAGCGCGCUCAUGUUGGUGCAGGUGCUCUGCAACAUCGCCAUGAGCGGCAGCGUCGUCGUCAUGACCAUCCACCAGCCCAGCGCGCGCAUCCUCGGCAUUCUCGGCAGCGUCCUGCUCCUGUCCCGUGGCCGCACCGUCUACUCCGGCCCGCCCGCUGGCCUCAAGCCUUACUUCUCCGCGUUUGUCGGCACGCCCAUCCCCGAGGACGAGAACCCUGCCGAGUUCGCGCUCGACACCAUCCGAGAGCUCGAGCGCCAGCCCGACGGCGCCGCCCCUCUGGCCGACUUCAGCGACAGAUGUCACCGGCUCCUGGACGGCAUCACCACCGACAAGCAGGUCAGAACGAUGCCGCUGGAGUUGGCCGUCGCCGAGAGCGUCUCCCGGGGGAAGCUGGUGGCCGGCAGCGGCACGGCGAUGUCGGCGGCGGCGUUCGCAAACCCGCUGCCGUUGGAGGUGUGGGUGCUGGCGAAGCGUGCCUUCACCAACACGCGGCGCAUGCCGAAGGUGUUCGGGGUGCGCCUUGGCGCGGUCAUGAUGACGGGAUUCUUGCUGGCGACCAUCUUCUGGCGCCUGGACGACACGCCCAAGGGCGUGCAGGAGCGGCUCGGCUUCUUCGCCAUCGGCAUAUCCAGCAUAUUCUUCGUCUGCGCCGACGCGCUGCCGGUGUUCGUCCAGGAGCGCCACAUCUACCUCCGGGAGACGGCGCACAACGCCUACCGCACGGCCUCCUUCGUUCUCGCCAAUGCUCUCGUGUCGUUCCCACCGCUGGUCGUCCUGGCCCUUGCGUUCGUGGUCAUCACCUAUUUCGCCGUCGGCCUCGCCGGAGGCGGUGAGCCCUUCAUCUUCUUUGCGCUUGUCGUGCUCGCCUCCCUCUGGGCGAGCAGCGGCUUCGCAACGUUCGUGUCGGCGGUGGUGCCGCACGUCACGGUGGGGUACACGGUGGCGGUGGCCAAUCUCGCCUACUUCCUCCUCUUGUCCGGCUUCAUCAUCAACCGCGACAGGAUCCCCAGCUACUGGAUCUGGUUCCACUACAUGUCGCUCAUCAAGUACCCGUACCAAGCGGCGUUGCAGAACGAGUUCGGCGACGCCUCGAGGUGCUUCGCGCGAGGAGCCGAGAUGUUCGACGGGACGCCCAUAGGCGGCAUGGCCGAGGCCACCAAGAUGGCGGUGCUCGGCGCCAUCAAUACCGCCGGCGGCACCAACAUGACGGCCAGCACCUGUGUUAUCACCGGCGCCGACGUGCUCGCCAAGAGUGCCGUCACGGACCUAGGGAAGUGGAAAUGCCUCCUUGUGACAGCCAUGUUCGGGUUCUUAUUCCGUGCUCUCUUCUAUGUUGUUUUGCGCGCCGGGAGCAAGAACAAACGAAAAUGA